UCGACCAGAACGUACUCGUAACAAAGCCCAGUCCAAUUGAGAGUUCUUGAGCAGGUUUGUGAUGAGUCUGCGGCGGGCUUUGAUUCCACACAGCCAGCCGGGAGCAGUGCAGCGGAAACGGGGGAGGCGGAUGUGGCGAGGCCCGGCCCCGAUAAAUAAGACAUGAUCCAGGCUGGCUGCACCGCGGCGAGAUGGAGAGGACCUGCCAUGAUGACUCCCAUUGUAAUCUGGUACCUUUUUUAAAGGUUUUGUAAAAGGAGAAACGAUUCGAAAUUUUUUUUAGUGGACCGACGAUCACAUCACCGAGGGGACGCCAAGCCGCGCCCGGCCGUCGGCGCGCUGAGACACGGCUUGGAAGCGGCUGACAGGUCGCUGGGCUGUGGGGCUGCCUGGAGCUCCGGCGGCCAUGAUUGAGCGACUCCUGCGGGGACUAUUUUGUCAUGCGGAUUGGCCUUAAAGUCUCCCCUGGCAAAGAUGAGGAGAUGCUGCUCCGUUGUUGGUUUAAGUAAAGUCUGAAUGUCAUUAAAACAUCUAUUGACACUUCUUCCACUGCCGUCCUUGCACGCUACACCACUACAACAAAGAUGACGGGUAGAAGACGCUGCCGAAGGUGUGCAUCGUCCCACCACAUCUUACCCCUCUGAAGUGGCGACUGAUGGUCUCCACUGACCCCUUCUCUCUACUCAUGUGCGAGGCCACCCUUCAUUGUCAAGACGGUCAGAAGCCUGCUAGGAGGAGCGCUUAGUGACGUCGCUUGACAAGCCUGCUGUGAUUAAGGACGUGGAAUGUUCUUAAGUGUAGACGCCAAAGAAAUGUGCGUCAACCCCAUCCUGAACUGAAAGAAGUGCCUUGGACAGAACUUCCCAUUCCACGAUCCCGUCUCUAUUUUCAUCUGUUUUAUCUAUUUUUAUAACUUUCUUAUCCACUCGCCACCAUUCGGCCCUCCCUUGCAACAGCAGUCCUCCGCCCCCGCACCAAAUCAUCUGCUCCUUCUCCUCACUACCUCCAUCAUCACUGCCGCCAUCCUCACCCUCAUCAGCAGCGUCCCUCUUCUUCUCCUCGCUUCUCUCCCCCUGUACUCCCGCCUUCUGAUGCAGUGGUAGCCAUGGCAACAGCUGCCGCCGCCUCCUCUUCAUCUUCCCCCCCGCCAUCCUCACCAGGAGCCAACAGUAGCGCCCGGGAACACUUGAUGGCGGUGCGGCGUCGUAACCCGUACGGACGCCCGUACACGAUUGGCCCAGACAACCUCAGAGGCCUUUCAUCGCAUGGUUCCAUCGAAUCUCCUCCCUCCGUGUCACCGGGCCAGACGGAAAUGGCAGCCGUGGGGCUACAGCGGGCCAACAGUGACACAGACCUUGUGACAUCAGACAGCCGCUCCUCGCUAACAGCUUCGACGUACCAGCUUGCGCUGGGCCAUGGCCACCUCAUCAUCUCAUGGGACAUCAAGGAGGAAGUGGACGCCACCGACUGGAUCGGCUUGUACCACAUUGACGAGACAUGUGUAGCCAACGUGUGGGACUCCAAGAACCGCGGAGUGAACGGCACCCAGCGGGGCCAGAUCGUGUGGAGACUGGAGGCGGGGCCUUACUUCAUGGAGCCCGAGACCAAGAUAUGCUUCAAAUAUUAUCAUGGUGUGAGCGGAGCACUAAGAGCGACAACACCCUGCAUCACAGUCAAGAACCCUGGAGUGACGGUGGGAAGUGACGGUCAUGCUGAGGGCCAGUCAGGGUCAGAGCUCAGUCGCAAAUUGGUCAGCUUCACCUUAUCAGACAUCCGAGCAGUGGGCCUGAAAAAAGGCAUGUUUUUCAACCCUGACCCUUACCUGAAGAUGUCCGUUCAGCCUGGGAAAAGGGGUGGCCUCCCCAAGUUUACACACCACGGCCAGGAGAGGAGAUCCUCCAUCAUUGCCAACACCACCAACCCUGUGUGGCACGGAGAGAAAUACACCUUCGUGGCACUGAUGAGCGACGUAAUGGAGAUUGAGGUGAAAGAUAAGUUUGCCAAGAGCCGACCAAUUAUCAAGCGCUUUCUGGGCCAGCUGAUCGUGCCCGUGCAGAGACUUCUGGAAGGUCCCACAGCCGACCAACACCCAGUCAGCUACAGUCUGUGUCGCCGCCUUCCUACAGAUCACGUUAGCGGGCAGCUGCAGUUUCGGGUGGACGUCACUUCCAUUGGACAUGAAGCCUCUCCAGAGUUAACAGGAACCAUCUUGGCCAAUGCUGUAAAUGGUGACCCCGGUAGUCCCUCUGACGACGAAGACCUUCUGCACUCCUCAUCCACCCGCGCCGCCCAUGGAGCCUCGCCCACAGGCUCAGAGGAAGGCUCCCUGUUGGUCAACGGAACUUGUUACUACGGCAACAGCAGCGCUUGGCAGGAAGGCAACAUCCUGGCAGCCCAAACUAGCCACACCCACCGGCAGGUGUCCCUCAACGACUACUUGGAUGCUGUUGAGGCCUCUGGGGGCCCCAUGGAGCGACCUCCGACAGGGCCCAGGCUCCGCUCCAGCUUUCCUACAGACACGCGGUUGAACGCAAUGCUUCACAUAGACUCUGACGAGGACGAAGAGAGCACGGGACAGCGAGGUGACUUAUCCCAGGAGACAAAGCCACAGUGGACUACAGAUGUUGCCUCUUCUGUGGCAUCAUCCGAGCUUCUACAAGGGAGCGAGGUCUCCGAAUCUAGACCCGUGUCGUCAGCAGAAGCAGGUUAUUCUGUCAGUGAGUUGGUCGGUGCCGAAGGAGAACAAACUGAAGAGGAGCCAUGGACCAGCAGCAACGCAGACGCAGUUGGAGCAUCGGUGCAUGUUGGUGAAGAACCUGGAGCCAAUGGUUCUCCUCAGACAGAGCAGCUGGAGUCUUCGGGCGGUUGUGCAUGCAGCGAGCACAGUACAAGGAUGAGCCAAGACGUGGCUUGCAAUUUGCCGUUCAGCAGUGGCCCGCUUUCACCCAUUCAGGAAGUGGAGACAAGGACAGAAGUGGCUCCUCGGGCAGAAGAGGAAGCCGCAGAAUUAUCAAGCAGCAACAGCCUGGCCAAUUCUGCUCUGACCAUCGCGAGCGACAAUGGGACAUCUGCUGCCACUGCAGGGGCUGUCAGUGAGGAUAUGCAAGGUGAGCCGGGACAGGAGGAGGAGGAGGAAGGUGGUGAGGUGUGGAAGAGACGCUCCCUGCGGGCCGCUGAAGGUGCCUGCAGGGCCCAAGAGGGUCUGAGCGGGACAAUGCCAGAGAGACAGACGGGAGCCACAGCUCAGGUCAACGGCCACAUGUCUGUUCACUCACUGCCGUCUGUACGCCAUGACAUCAGCCGUUACCAGAGAGUGGAUGAGCCCCUCCCGCCAAACUGGGAGGCCCGCAUCGACAGCCACGGUCGGAUCUUUUACGUGGAUCACGUCAACAGAACCACAACCUGGCAACGACCCACAGCCCCGGCCGGCCCGCAGACCCUCCAGAGGUCCAAUUCAAUCCAGCAGAUGGAACAACUGAACCGCAGGUAUCAGAGCAUCCGUAGGACGAUCACCAAUGACGGCAGAGCUGAAGAAGCGUCGGCCAAUGAGCAGCCAGCAGACGAGAGCGAUAGUCUCCCCUCUUUUCCAGAGCUGCGUCGAGAUGGUGGCGCCACCCAGUCAAGUUCUCGGUCGCGCCUUUACCUGCUUCUCCAGUCUCCCAGCGCCAGGUUUCUCACCAGCCCGGACUUCUUCACUGUGCUGCAUUCUAACCCUAGUGCCUACCGCAUGUUCACCGCCAACACGUGUUUGAAGCACAUGAUCACUAAGGUCCGGCGGGACGCACACCACUUUGAGCGCUACCAGCACAACCGAGACCUGGUAGCCUUCCUCAACUUAUUUGCCAACAAACAGCUGGAGCUGCCUCGAGGCUGGGAGAUGAAGCAUGACCACGCUGCUAAGCCUUUCUUCGUGGACCACAACAGCCGAGCAACCACCUUCAUCGACCCUCGGCUGCCCCUGCAGAGUUCUCCGCCCCCAAGCCUUUUGGCUCACCGGCAGCACCUCACCCGCCAACGCAGCCACAGCGCUGGUGAGGUGAGCCCGCGACGCCUGGUGAGCGAAGAGUCCCGUCACGCUGGGCCAACCGUCCCUCCGAGGCCCUCCAGCACUUUUGCAUCUUCCAGUAGGGGGCAGGCUCAAGACGUCGUGCCAGUGGCAUACAAUGACAAGAUUGUGGCGUUUCUGAGACAACCCAACAUAUUUGAGACGUUACAGGAGAGGCAGCCAGAUUUCCACCGGAACCAUUCACUUAGGGACAAGGUCCAGCUGAUCCGCACGGAAGGAGCAUCGGGAUUGGCACGUCUGUCGGGAGACGCCGACGUGGUUAUAUUGCUCAGUUUGUUUGAGGACGAAGUCAUGUCUUACGUGCCUCCCCACGCCUUACUGCACCCCAGCUACUGCCAGUCCCCUCGCGGCUCUCCCGUGUCCUCCCCGCAAAACUCACCUGGUACUCAGAGAGCAAACGCCAGAGCUCCAGCGCCCUACAAGAGAGACUUUGAGGCCAAACUGCGCAAUUUCUACAGAAAGCUGGAGACCAAAGGCUACGGCCAAGGACCAGGGAAGUUAAAGUUGAUCAUUCGCCGCGACCACCUGCUAGAGGACGCCUUCAAUCAGAUCACGUGCUACUCCCGCAAAGACCUGCAGCGCAGCAAGCUGUACGUCAGCUUUGUGGGCGAGGAAGGAUUGGACUAUAGUGGACCUUCCAGAGAGUUCUUCUUCCUGGUCUCCAGAGAACUGUUCAAUCCUUACUAUGGUCUGUUUGAAUAUUCUGCCAACGACACGUACACGGUCCAAAUCAGUCCCAUGUCGUCCUUUGUGGACAAUCACCAUGAGUGGUUCAGGUUUAGCGGUCGCAUCUUGGGUUUGGCUCUGAUCCAUCAGUACCUUCUGGACGCCUUCUUUACCAGACCCUUUUACAAAGGCUUACUGCGCAUUCUGUGUGAGCUGAGCGACCUGGAGUAUCUGGAUGAGGAGUUUCAUCAGUCCCUUCAGUGGAUGAAGGAUAACGACAUCGAGGAGAUGCUGGACCUCACCUUCACCGUCAAUGAAGAAGUUUUUGGACAGAUAACGGAGCGAGAGCUGAAGGCCGGCGGCGCCAACAUCCCUGUGACGGAGAAGAACAAGAAGGAAUACAUCGAGCGGAUGGUGAAGUGGAGGAUUGAACGCGGCGUGGUGCAGCAGACAGAAAGCUUGGUCAGAGGCUUUUACGAGGUUGUGGACGCACGCUCGGUGUCUGUGUUCGAUGCCAGGGAGCUGGAGCUGGUGAUGGCGGGGACGGCAGAGAUUGACUUGUCCGACUGGCGGAACAACACAGAAUAUAGAGGAGGUUACCAUGACAACCAUAUCGUCAUAAGAUGGUUCUGGGCAGCGGUUGAGAGAUUUAACAAUGAGCAAAGACUUCGCCUUUUGCAGUUUGUGACUGGGACAUCCAGUAUUCCCUACGAGGGCUUUGCGUCUCUGAGGGGAAGCAAUGGACCUCGGCGCUUCUGUGUGGAAAAGUGGGGCAAGGUGACGUCCCUGCCCAGAGCUCACACCUGUUUCAACCGUUUGGACCUGCCCCCCUACCCGUCCUUCUCGGUGCUGUACGAGAAGAUGCAGACGGCCGUGGAAGAAACCAGCACUUUUGGACUGGAGUGAGUGGCCCGCACGGAACCUGAAGGGACCUCCUGAAGUGUCCCAGAACAAUCAGACUUUGGAGGCAAGGAGCUUGCAUUUGUUGUCGGAUUUGUAGAACCAUGUGGCCUUGCAGACCACAAUCAGGGAGCGUGAUUAAGACACACCAGACUGGAUUCAGUCUCCAAAAAGGACCUCAGAGGAGCUCGGUCGUCAUGACUGCACUUGUGGGGCGAUUCUGUGAACUUUGUUUUGGUUUCUAAAAAAAAAAAAAAACAUUUCAAAUGCACAAGAAGAAUCAAUUUUUUUGGGAAUGUAAUUAUUUUUUACCAUGUACAAUAUUUUUUAUCUGUUGUGAAUCAUGGAAUUGCUGCUUCGUUUGAUAACAGAUGCGACAGUCCAGGCUUGUACGGGUUCUCAUCGUCAACUUUUCAAUCUUGCAAGGAUUAUUUGUCAUCAUUUGUGGUGAGCUAACAUUUGUUAUCAAAGCCAGCAGUUGGCAUAAAAACAGUAGGGGUGUAACGGAAGGCAUCCGUCACGGUUUGGUACGUUGCUCGGAUUUUAAGGUCAUAGCUCAUGUUGGGUACAGUAAGGGAACAAAACGCAGAACAUAAACUGCUUACUGUAGCUUUUGGGUGAAUUGGUUCGUCCACCAAUAAGAGGCGUAUUAAUAGUGUUAGGCCCAAUCCCAAUACUCACCCACUUCCACUAGCCCCCCAAAGGAAUUAAAAAGGGGUAGAGCUUUGUAAUAUUCCUUAGGAAUUGGGACACCACUUGCUACAUCGCUGCAUCACAUCAUACAUACGUCCCACCUAGAGUUUCCAUAUAUAUUUUGGUAGCAAAAUGUAUGUUAUUUCAAUACUUUUUGAUAAUUUUCAAAAUAAAGGUCAUUAUUGGCCUUAUUUUAACAGGACAUUUAUGAUAAAACCUAUGAUCAAACAUAUAUUUCUUAUUGCACCCAUAUUAGAAUGAACCUCUAAAGGCCUUCGUGGCCACAUGUGGACAGCAACUUUUAGCUCUUAUUUCCAAAAUUGUGUACACUACUGAAUUGGGGUCUUAUGGCCGCUUAUGUGGACACUUAUGCUGCCACCUGGUGGGGUCAGAAGAGUAUAACAUACAAUGGAAUUUAGAAAAAAAAAGUGUAAAAAUAAGAAUUAGCAUGUCACUAAACAUGAAGUACACGUUUGUUACUUAUGUACUAAGUACAUCAUAAAAAGAUGAUUCUUAGUUUUUUAUUCUAAUUAGGGUCCAAUAAGCCCAAAUAGCAAAGAGAAAUAAAAAAAAAAAACCCAUGUAAACACAGCAUUAAACAGAUGGACUUUUUCUAUUGCACUCAAACGACAGUUUACAAUUAUUUUACAUAUUAGAUAAAGCCUGCCAUAAUCUAGAAUUAGGUUGGAAUAGAAUACAAAGCUUUAUUGACAUUGUAUUACCGGUAAGUGCUUCAUGAUUUAUGGUUGCCAAUAUUGAGCUGUGCUUUAAGACAUACAAUAAUUAGUAAACACUGAAAACCAGGCUAAAAGUAUACAGACAAGACAAGUAUCAGGUAAAACACACAUUGUAACAGACAAAACGUGGGAAUUUGUUACGAAAUUCAGUCAAUUCACUUGUAUUAUUUUACAUUUAGUAUCAAAAACUACAGGUGUUUUCCAAAGGCAGUAGUACCUUUCUCAAUUCAUUAGUACCACAGUACUUUAUGAGUAGCAGUGUACUUGUACAACCUAGUCCAGGCCUGGGCAAAUUAAGCGGCCCGUUAAGCUUUUCAAUCUGGCCCGCUGGACAUUCCCAAAUAAUUUUUUUAGAUUUUUAAGAUGGAAAGUGUAGCUGCCAUUAUGAUGUGCAGUGAUGUUUUCUAAUUACCAUAAGUCUUGAACUAUACAAAGUAUUUCAAAGGUUGGAAUCUGCGCUUAUGGAUGAUAUAUCAGUUACUAUGGUAAUCUAAUUAGUUACUAUGGUCAUCUAAUUAGUUACUAUGGUAAUCUACGUCACAGCAGCUCAGACGAGGCACCAAGCAGUGUGGGCGGGAAGCGUUUCUACAGAGGCGGAAGGAGCUUUUCACAACAAAGUUCUAAAGCUUAGUGAUAUAUCACAUUGUAGGUGGGUUUAUUUUGUACCCUUCGCGUUCAUAUUUCACUGUUUGUUGCAUUUUUGUUGCGUUUCACCUGAUUGUAAAAUAUGUCAAUCGAAAGGGGCUGUGACAUUCAUAUUUUGUCAAUAUUCAAUGUUUUAUUGUUCAUAGAAAAAUGUAAAUUCCAUUACGUUUUUUAAGGCAGUCUGUCGCAUUCAAUCAGACAUUAUUGUGAAGUUUUGUAUUAGUGUCCCUAAAAAUAGAUAUACCGGCUCCCAGACACAUUUUUUUCUCUAAAUGUGGUCCCCGAGUCAAAAUAAUUGCCCAGGCCUGUUCUAGUCCCACCAUGACACAACAAAUCGGGCAGCAAUGGAGUUAACGACUGAUAUCGUUGUUGUUGGUUUUUUGCUAAUUCAUCAUGCUUCGGUUGAUGAAUAAACAAAGAACAACUUGUGAACAUUUUGAAGGUAUGUAAUGUUAAUGUUUUCACAUUCGCAAGCUUUAAAGUUUUUGUAUUUAAGUGUUAGUAUUUAUUUUAACCUAAUGUUAGCUAGCAUGGCUAUCUGGCUAACAUUACACACUAUCGUUCCAAACUAACAUGUAAUAUAUUAUGUAACACAUUCGCAAGCUUUAAAAGUUUGAGUAUUUAAGUAUUAUUUAGUAUUGUAGACUAACGUUAGCUAGCAUGGCUAUAUGGCUAACAUUUAGUAUAAGUAUUAUUUAGUAUUGUAGACUAACGUUAGCUAGCAUGGCUAUCUGGCUAACAUCACAAACUUAACGGUCCAAACUAGCAUGUAAUAAAUUAUAUAACUUAUGCAGAAAAUGUGCAAGUCAGCAUCUGAAAUGGCUCACUCUGAAGGACUAGAUUCAUACUCCCUACUCGUUAUGCCCACUACCCAAAGAGUCAUUGAGACACCACUACUUUCACGGGAAAGCACAACUUUAGGAAUAGGCCUAAAAAAGUAGGCCGAGGCGUGUAUUGGGACUGGGCCUCAAUAGCUUUAGAAAGUAAGUGUUUGAAGUGUUAAUGCUUAUUUAGUUAGUAGUAAAGUUUAUUAGUGAAGCACAGCAUUACAAGUUCUAGCUUGUAGUCCAUUUUCCUCGUCUCGACUGAACAAUGGCGGCACUCUUAUCCACUUGUUUUGUUUACGUAUUUCACUGUUAAAAGUCAAGUGUUCCCAAACAACGGAAGAUCAUUUCGAAGCUGGAACUUCUCCUCGGCACUUAUCCCUUGAAAUGACUUCCUGUCCCUCACUUUUGGUGUGUACUCAGUCCUCCUGAACCGUACAGGAGAAUAGGAAUAGAAUGUACCGUUACACCCCUCCUACCAUCAUCCACUCAAAUAUACAGUAAAUGCAAAUUUGACAUAAGUCAUGAUGAAGCUGAAGAAAAUGUAUAUUUCUUUCAUUUGUGCAUCAUUUAAGUGGAUCCAAUUUAAGGGUCCUUGUGUUGCUCUUAUCCCGACUACACAGCAAUGUUUUUUCACUUUGUGUUUUUUGCCUGCGAAUGACUGAUUGUACAGUUGUCACUUGGUUGUUGUUCCCUCAAUGAACACACUGCCUUUCCUCUGUCCGUACGAGCAGAGAGAACCAAAGUUUGGGGCAAGGCUGACCCUGUCUUUGUGUACACCGGACCUCACUUUUGCAUAAGAAUGUUGGCAGCACUGUACUGAAAUAAAGUUCCAUCUCUGUCUCUAC